CCUCAUCAUGGCUUGGCCGUGUUAGAACGGGGCCGGAACGGUCUGGUCCCCUUUCUUGCUAGCGGUUUGGUACGAGGCAUCGCCUUAUAUCAUCCUAGAAGACCCGCUUGGCAAUGAGCACGUCACGUUUCAAUCUGAGCCAACUACACUGUCUGUCUAACCAAAAUUUUUUUUUCUUCGAAUCCUUCCAGCAAGGCGCCUGAGCGCAGGCCCUCUCAGCUCUAGUAAUGGCUCUCUUGGGGGCACGAAUCGCGCUGUUCGGGCUCUCGGCCCUAGCCGUGCUUACUCUCCAUGGCUACUUCUACGCCGACGGCAAUCUCCAGGCGAUGCAGAAGCACGCGCACGAAGGCGUGUUCAGCAACGGAAAGACGCUCCACCACGUCUACUCGGGAUACCACGUCGUGGACAAACUUCUCGCCAUGUCGGUCAGCUUCUGGGACCCGGUGUGUCACGAAUCGCGCGUUGCGAAGCUGCUCUCGACGACGCUAAGCGCGACGCUGCAGUCGCUCGGCGUGUUCGCCAUGGUCGAGAGCCUGCGGAACGGCAACCGAAGUAUCAUGUUGCGCUGGGCCCCCGUGCAAGUGUUCGCCUGGCAGUACAUCGGCGCCGCCAUUUUCGUGCCGAUCUACUUCGUCGUCGAAUUGGAGAGCCAUUUCACCGACAAGGCGACCGACCCGGCAGUCCCAUACCUGCAGGCUAAAUCGCUGCUCCCAGCCUCGAUCCUGACCGUGAUGCACCUGUUCCGGAUGGUGUAUUUCCCACCCGGCAACAUCACCUCGUCGCAGCACCAGGCCUUCCUGGCAGUCUGGCAGCUCGCGCCCCUUUUCUGCUACUGCGCCCUCUCAGCCAUCGCGAACUACCUCUCCUCGGGGAAAGGGGACACGGUGACGAGAGCGCGAAAUGCCGACGUACCCUGGGUCAAAGCCACCUACGCAGUCUUCGGCUUGUUUUCAGCCCUAGUGCACCUAGGGGUGCAGUGGACCCUGGCCACCUCCGCCGAUCCCGGCGUGUCCCACUCAGCCGCCUACGUCCCACGCCUCGACAAGCUGUGGCAGGCGGAUGCGGCGGCCAGAGUGUACAUCGAGGAGACCACCUUUUUCCUGCAGUGGGACUACGUGAUCAUCGUCGCGGCCAGCGCCGUGUACGCGGUCGCGAUCCUGGAAGGUGUGUACGGAAGGUUUGCGGUCGGCGCUCGGGCCGCGCUGUUCCUCGCGACGUGCGCCACCUGCCACGUAGGGAGCGCGGGGCUGGUGUACGCUGCCGUGCUGUCCGUGAGGGAAGACCAUCUACGGGGGCAGUUCGCGAAGAAGCAGGAGAAAGCCCGAUGACGACGGGAAGAUGAACAUGAGUGAAUGCAUUGUAAAUGGAGGCAGAGGGACGUGGACAUAGAAGAAUAGCGAGACGUAGGUAGUUGGGGGCGGAAACAACAAGUCGUCGCCGUACCCACCGGGAGCAGCUGAUCAUCAGGACACAUUUGUGGAACGUGUGCGAAUUUUGCGCUGGAAUUGCGUCUGCGUUGGGUGCGAAGGAUCGGAGAUGCUGGCCUAGCUGAUGUAGGAUGGAGGAGCAGGAAGAUGGAUGGGUACACCGCACCCUAGAGACGGGAUGUAUACGAAGAUCGUAGACUAGUUGGGGCCGAGUUGUGGGAGAGGAGGGGACAGAAGACAACCGAAUUUUCCAGAGGCUCGGUAACUGGAGGACUUCUUUUAAUAGAG